CUCAAACACGGAACAAGGUGGGAGUAGGAAUCAAUAGAGUCGAAAAUCGUGCAUUUCGCUUUGUAUUUCGUGCCGAAAGCGACCAUAAGCAUUUUUAGCACCUGGAAAGACAGGAUGUACCAUCGGGUCAUUUCAUUGUGUUGCUCAUUAUUUCACCUUUACACCGAAAAAUUAUGUAUGAAUUAACAAAUAACCGUCUCAAUUAACACCGAUCGUCUCUAAUUGUCAAUUCCAGUGACGAUGUACAAACUUAUUAUGAAAUUCAAAAACUAUUUCACUAAAUCAAAAAGCUCUGGCCAAUGCCAGACGCCGUCGCCGACUCAAAAUAACUCACCUGAGAUUCCUGUGACACCUGCAAAGAGCCCCAAUAUGACAGCACCACCCACUCCAAACAUUAUCAGGAAAAUCUUACCCCUGGCCGCGUUUUCGGUGGCUUUUGCCAUCGUUAUGACUGUCCUCAUUCUCUAUAUGGAUAAUACAGCCAUGAGACACUACCAGUUUCGAGUGAACAUGAGCCAGGAUUAUGAACUUUUGAGCGUGUCACAAGACAAUCCACAACUUAUCACUUACAUCAGGGAAGUGCACAUGCAACCCGCCAUUGAGCCCCACCAUAAACCACUGGAAUCCCAAGCCACGGGCCCCCCAGAUGACACCGCCUAUGUGCUAAAGUUGCUCAACAAUAAGCGGGACGGCGUUUUCGUGGAAUCCGGGGCCUACAACGACGGCAAGACCUCGAAAACCGAGUGGUUGGAGAAGAAGCUCGGUUGGCGGGGUCUCCUGAUCCAGUCCGACACCCGCCACUACUUCAGUCUCCGAAGACACAACAGAGUGAGGUCUCAGGCGAUCCACGCCUGUCUCAGCUCCAUGCCGUACCCCAAAGAAGUGACAUUCCAUCAAGAGAACGAAGUCAAAAUUAACAGCAUCCACGCCAACAGCGUGGUCGACGACCCCGAUUGGUUCACAACCCGGAUCAAAUGUUUCCCACUGUUUUCCCUACUUCUCGCAAUGAACGUCACCACGAUCGACUAUUUGAGUUUGGAGUCGUCCGGUACCGAAUUGCAAGUCUUGGAAACAAUCCCUUUCGAAAGAGUUAAGAUUGAAGUAAUUGGAGUGCAUUUGUUGGUCAGCGAGAUCGAGAAAGAUACGAUUAAGAAGUUUCUAGCAAUGAAAAAAUAUGCCUUCAUGCAGAGUUUCAAUCACACUUAUAUUUUUAUGAUGAAUAGAGUGAAAAUUUGAAGAGGUAAUCAUCACGUAGAAGACUGAAACGCGCAAAUGAAUGCUGAUCACGGUAUUUUUAUAUCUAUGUGAUAGGACUUAUUUAAUGGUUCGAUUUUUUUAAAUGAUCGCAUGUCACAAUUUAUGAUGUAGUGCCUUUGUAGCGUUCCAAUUGUUGAAAUGCAUUCCCGUUAUACAACUGAUUUUUGUGCAUUUAUUUUUAGGAUUAUUGAUUAGAUUAGGCGACAAUUAAGUACUUAUGCUUAAUUUCAUUUGUACAAUUCUCCAUGACAUUUUUUUGUACUUAUUCUUUAUUAAAUAAAGGUCACAAUAUUGAA